CGCCAGCCUGAUUUCGCGGGGUACCAGCACAAGGAGCAGCAGAGCAGCAGAAGGAAGCGGAGAUAUUCAACAUCGGACGCCGGAUUAAAGCGUCUGAAACGUCGGGAGGUGAAGCGGACCGCCGGGGCUCGAUCUCCGGCUUUGAUGCUGUGUCACUUCUGCUGUUUCCUCUUCGUCCUGAAAGCUCUGGAUACAGUGGAGGGUGAACGCAGCUCGACAUAAAUCUCACUGAGGCCUUGAGGAGAGGAGGAGUAAUAAUGAUGGCGACGGCGGGGCCUCCGAGCAGCUCCAGCUUCCUCCCUCUGCUGGAAUCUCUGGAGGACGGCGCUGCUGGACAGUCCGAGCAGACAGACGCCUACCUCACCAUCGCCAAUCGGCUCAGUGGAGAGGAAGGCCGCCAGUUUCUCCCUGCAGUUGAAAAGCACUUUUCUCGUUUGGGUAAAACCAUCUUGGCUCACAUAACCAGUCUGAAUGCAGAGCUGAGCCAAGCUGCCCUGCAAGCUUUAGGGUUCUGUGUUUACCAUUCCCAUGUCGUCUCCGGAGUGCCUGAAACCUUCACCGCUGAUAUACUAUCAGCACUUUGCUCCCUGGUGGGGAAGUCGACAGACAAGAACACGUGCACCAGGGCAUUAUGGGUCAUCUCCAAACAGAGCUUUCCCCCAGAUGUAGUCGCCAAAAAAGUGCCGUCUAUACUGGGAACACUGGAGAGUGUGUGGAGCAGAGAGGACAUCCAGUCUGUAGUAAUGGAGCAUGAAGCCUUGAACGUUGUCAUCAGGCUGCUGGAGCAGGUGCCCGUCCAGAUGGGCGACGGAGCGGUCCGCUGGGCGAAGCUGGUCAUUCCUCUGGUCGUCCACUCCGCCUCCAAGGUGCGUCUACGUGCCGCCGCUGCCAUGGAGAUGGGCAUGCCUCUGCUGCUGGAGAAACAGAUGGAGGUGGCUGCCAUCAUCGAGCCAAUGAUGUCCUCGAAACUGAUCCCAGAGCUGCAGAAACUUUUCAUGUCCAAGAAUGAAACCAACGUCCUGAAGCUCUGGCCCUUAUUUGUGAAACUGCUCGGGAAGAUGCUGCACAGAGGAGGUCCCUUCAUCAACUCUCUGCUGCACCUGGAGGAGCUCGGUUUCCGCAGCUCCUCCCCCACCGUCAAGAAGAUCGCCUUCAUCGCCUGGAAGAGCCUCAUCGAUAACUUCUCCCUCAACCCAGACAUCCUGAGCAGCGCCAAGCGUAUGAAGCUCCUGAUGCAGCCGCUCAUGUCCAUCAACGUCAGGACAGAAGCUCUGCUGCUCACCAAGGUGGAGGUGUGGUGGUACCUGGUGGUCCAGCUGGGACCCAACCUGUUGUCUAACUUUGAUCAGGUCUCCGUGCCGCUGCUCCAGUGCACCAUCGGCUCCGACGCCCCUUCAGUCCCCGUCACUCCCUCUAGAGCCGUCACUCAGAACGGUGCUGCUACACCUGGCACUCCCAAAACCGGCGCUCCAGGCUUCAACAGCUCGGCCAACACGUCUCGGAUGAGCCUGAACUCCAGCGUCCAGGUCCCCUCCACCUUCCCCUCCAUCCAGCUGCUGGGCCUGGAGAUGCUGCUUCACUAUUUUCUGGGGCCAGAGGCCGUUGCUGCCGCAGCGAAGAGGAAACUCCUCCUGAGUCUCGAGCCUCUGAACCACCCGCUCCUCUCCGGUGCUUCCUCUUUCACCAAACACGCCGCCAUGCUCGUCUCCAACGUCAGAGAUGGAUUCACCAACGUCGGCAAAGAUGCUCCAGAUUCCCUCCUGGCCGUCAUCUGGACGAGUCUCGUCCGUUUUGUCAAUUUAACGAUAGAGUCCGUGGGCAGUAAGAAGGACCGUCAGGGCUGCGAAGUGCUCACUCUGAUGCUUCAGGCUCUGCAGAGCAUCGUCGCCUCAGAAGCUCUGCCUGCAGACAGAGUCCUGGUUCUGCUCGAGGCCACAGUGACGGGUAUCCCCCAGAGAGUUCUCGGCUCCGCCUCCUACCAAGUCGGCAAGAUGGAUGUGCUGAAUGGAACACCAGCUCUCUUCCUCAUCCUCCUCCUCUACAACAGCAGCCUGCUCUCGGCCUACAUCGAGGACGAGAGGUUCUUUCUGAGCCUUCAGACGUUGGUGGGCUGCGGCUUGUCGGGCCCCACUUCCCCUCUGGCGUUCGCGGAGGCGGUGCUGGGCGCCAUCGGCCGCAGCGCUGGGUCUGUGCAGAACAAGGAGCAGCUGCUGAGGAUGUGGAGUGUGAUGGUCUGCCCGCUCACUGACACCAUCACACAGUCUAAUGAAGUGAACCAGGGAGACGCUCUGGAGCACAACUUCAGCGCCAUGCACUCUGCCCUGCUGUUCCCCAUCACACACCUCCUGCCCGGCGCACCUCUGCAGCAGGCGGCCCAGAAGUCGAUGCUGUCGACGUGGUCGAAGCUGUACAAGGUGUUCGCCCGAUGCUCGGCGCUGGUGGUCACAGCCGAGGAGAACAUCUGCUGCGAGGAGCUCUGCGCAAAGAUGGCGGCUUCGAUCGACAAAGACGCCUUAAAGGUCCCUUCGACAUUAAAUGCUGUUGCCAGUCUCCUCCAGGUCGUCGUGGAGUGUGUGGACUUCUCGCCGUACACUCCUCAGUUUCAGCAGAAGCUGAAGUCUCCUCACACUCCCGUGAACUGGAUGAAAAAGAAGAAUAAGACUCUGGGGAACCUGUCCACGUUCCAGUCCCUGCUGGUGCAGAGUCUGGAGGUUUAUCUGGAGGACCCUGAGGCGGCCUCUUCCUCCUCCUCCUCCUCUGACGCCACAGGAGUCGCCCUGGUCUCCGUCCUGUCUGCUCUCUUCACCAACCUUGUCAUCGCCAAUGCCGUCCAGGAGGUGCUCACCUGUCUGAUUCAGCCUCUCACCCUCUUCUACAAACAAGCCGCCAGUGAGCCGCCUACAUUCACCUCGCAGCUUCUGGCAAAGCUGGAGAAGCUUCUCGGCGACGUCCUCGGCUGCCUGCAGAGCCGCUCCGCUUUGGCCUACGACGACGAGCUCCUGUCUCUGCUCUCUCCUCUGCUGUGUGUGUUGUUCACACACAAGAACAAGCAGCUCCGCACCUCCGUCACCCAGUUCUGGAACUCCACCUUCGCCAACUCCAACAGCCUCAGUUACCCCGACGACAUCAGACCGAUACUCAGUCAAGUGAAACAGAAGAUCCCAAUCAUUCUUCCUGGCUUUGAGGCCAUCACUGUUUCUGAUGAGCUCAGUGGACAAUAUUCAAGUGAGAGCUCCCAGCUGGAGACCAAGCUCAGCGGGAUGCCCGUGUCGUCUGCGGGGAAGAGAGACUCGCUGCUGGGGAAAGCUGCAGAGCCGAAGGACAAGAGCUCUGCAAAGACCCCCAAACCAGUUUCUACAAAGCUGGACUUCAGCUCUCCCAAGCCUCCUCGCAGAGAGGCUCUGGAGGAAGAGGCCUCCAUCGACUUCGUCUUCAUUCCUCCUGAGACCAAGGAGAGAGUUUUGACCGAGCACCAGAAGGAAGUGAAAAGGACUAAAAGGGUCGACAUCCCGGCCAUGUACAACAACCUCGACGCUUCUCUGGAUACAACGGUUUUCUCUCAGUACACCCAGAGCCAAGAGGACUCCCUGGACAAACUGCCAACAGAACAAGCGGACAAGGUCAACGGAGAGGCUCCUGGCAAGGUUCCUCAGGAAGAUGUGGAAAAUGAGGAAGACACUGAAAUUCUGUCAAAAGACACUCAAGACUUUGUCAGCCCAAAAGAAGCAGAUACUGUGACAGAAAACCACCAGCAGGAAGAGGCGAUCCCAGAGUCGGCCGACGUUUCCAUGGAGGAUGACGCCAAGAGUGACGGUAGAGCAGAAGACAAGGACGUGCAGUGUAAAGAGGGCUCAAGUCCUAACGUCUCUGGCUCUUCAGAUUUGGUCACAGGGACUCCUCAGAAACCCAACAGUCGCCGUCAGUCCUUUAUCACCCUGGAGAAGUACGCCGAGGGAAAGUCUUCCAGCCCCAGCAGUGCAUCCAAGUUCACGGGUCCCCUCAUGAAGACCUCCAAUAGCCAGGAACUCUCAAACAGCAACAACACGUCGUCUUCUCCGGCUUCCCAGACACCCGCUGGUCCAAACUCUCAGGCGUCCCAGUCCACUGUGACAGGAAAAAGGAACUCACAGCAUCCUGUGAGCAGUACCGCCGAGUCCCCUCGGAGACCAAAAGACUCUGGGGUGAGAAGUGAGCCUGUGAGGCUGACCGAGAGACUGCCCAGUGACACAACGGAGGACGACGAUGUCAUCCCAGACACCCAGGCUCACGUGGAGAGCAAGGAGAGGACAGAAAAGUCUUCUGCAUCAGAGGAAAUGAAACCAUCAAGUCAGGAAGAGGAAAUGGACGAUUCUCAGGCGUCUUUGUCCCAGACUCCUUCAUCUGAACCCAGACGGUCUGGACGCAGCAGAGUCCGACCUCUGCUGCCCGGAGACGACCCUGAGGAACAGGAAGAUAAAUACACACUGAACAAAAGGAGGCGUUCCGGUGAGGAGCCCAAAAGUGAUUCUCAAAAGUUGAGCCCAGUACAAAGCAGACCAAACACGAGGAGUAAGCAGGCUGCCGAGGAGGACAGCGGCAAGGAGAGGUUGCGAACGAGGGCUCGGCAGGACAAGAGCGAGUCGAGCCAAACCAACUCUCAGGGUAGAGCGCACAAAAAGAUCAGACUGUACAGCGGUUCACAGGAGUUCCUCGAUAAACUUGAACCCAGAAGGAGAAGCACCAGAGAACAGGGGUCCAGCCAAACUGACCUACAGUCAGACUCGCAGUCCGAUUAUGAAAGUCAGUCGCAGGGAAGGCGCAGACGGCGCAGCAAAGUAUCGCUGGAGACCAACGAGGAGGCAGGACCGAAGAAAAAGGUUUUGCCUGAGAAAGAACAGUCGACUCAAACUGCCACACAAGAGCUUGAAGAGCAGACGCAAAAGGACGAUGAUGAGCUAAAGAAAGACUCUCAGGUGAUCACUCCUUCCCCUCAAACUGGUGGCAUAUCCCAAGAGUUCGAUCUUGUAGAACAGGCUGAAAAAGAUGGUGAUAAGCCAAAGAAAGAUUCUCCUGUUGUCUCGUCUGAAACUGCUGCUCAAUCCCAAGAGUUUGAACUGGUAGAAAAAAACAAAAAUGAAGAGAAAGAUUCAUCAGUUGUUGCGCCGGAGUCCCAAGACGCAACAAAGAAGUCAGUGAAUGAAUUGGAGGUCAAAGAUGAACACAAGACGAGAGAAGGUACUGAUGAUGACCUUAGUCAAGAGGACUCUCAAGUGAUCACACCUUCAUCUUCUGAAAGCCAGUCUCGGCGUAGAUCUGGAAGAAGCAAGGCCUCGUCUGAGGCAGCAGAGCCUGAAGACAAAAGCGACGGUAAGGAUUCGUUACGAAGGCAGAGUCGGUCUAAUUCCCAGGCAGAGGCCAGGAUUGGAGGUAGGACCAGAAGGAGCAAAGUCCACAAAGGGCUGUCGAAAUCAAGUCCCAGUUCUACCCCGGAGAGCUCGCAGUCAUUGGAUGAUGCUGGAUCAGCGGAGAACUCACAAGGCAGGGGCAGAUACUCGAGACGAAGGUCUUCUCAAGCGUUGGUAGCCAGUGUGGAGUCCUCAGAGUGUGAAUCCCCGGAGGUCAGAGAAAAUUCCCCAAUGCCCAAAAAGAGAGGAAGGAAACCUCGAGCUUUGCUUCCAAGUCCUCUCACCCUCGAAUCUAAAGACGGAAUUAAUAAGGAUGUCCCUGACUCUUCUCAAAAAGCAGAUGCACAAAGCAUAGAAACCGAUAACGUAACGGAUUUAGAGGAAUCACAGGAAAGCCAAGAUUUGCAGGGUUCUGAAUCACUUCAGGUUACAGGUGACGCCGAGGAGCAAAGUAACAAAGAAUCUCCAGUAGAGGCCGAGGUUGACGCCUCGGAGUCUGUCGCUCCAGAGAAAACCGAGGUCGACGACACAAACGGGAGCAGUUCGUCACCUCACAAGACGGAGCAGAGUGGCUCAGAAACAAACGCUGAUAAUACCUCCUCACGAGAGACCGACACCGGCGACCUGGAAAUGCUUGAAUCGACUGGAAUAAGUAAUGAAGAGAUUCAGGAAGAGUUGCCAAGUGAUCCAGCUGCUGAGGACACUCCGGCGCCCCCUGGUGAGACAACGGAGAAACCUCAGGUCUCUGAGUCCUCGGAGGACAAAGCUGAGGAGGUUUCUGAAACCGACAGUGUUAAAGAAAAUCAGAAAGAUGAUUCAGCUACAGACCACCAGGAAGAGCCAGUCGUUCCAGUGGAGGACACGGCUCAAGACGACCAGGUAGACCAGGAAGAGUGUCCAAGUGCCGCAGACGAGCUUUCAAAGGAAGACGAACUGUCCGUCUCAAACCAGCAUCCAGACGCCAGCACUGAGGACGAGAUCGCACCUCUACUGGAGGAGGAGGAGGAGGAGGACGAUGAUGAUGAUGAUGAAGAUGGCAAAACCCAGGUUAUUGAGUGUCAGGACGAAGAGAAAACUCAGAUGGGCAACGCUGACAACGAUGUGGCUGUAAAUCUGGAGACCGCCCUGACUGACCUUUGCGACACCUCAGCGCUGGUACGAGACUCUACCAGCGAAGAUGUUUUCCAGGGUUCUCCGGUGAAGCAGAAGGACCUGGAGGCUGUCAUGGCGUCAGACAUCGGCCAGAGCCCGAGCAGUGGCAGGACCAGAGGAACCUGGUCUCCCUCAGCCUCCCCCUCCACCAGUAUCCUUAAGAAGGGCCAGAAGAGACCACUAGAGGAGGAGACUCCCUCACCCCUCGUCAAAUCCAGACGUGUGUCUUUUGCGAAUCCAAUCCAACAGCAGGAAGUGGCAGACGACAUCGACCGCCGCAGCCCUGCUGUCAGAACCAGCUCCCCCAGGAGAUCCAAAGGGAGCAGUAUCCCGCAGCCCAAGUAUGUCACUACCCCGACAAAGGGCUUGCUGAUCCUCAGCCCCAGAAAUCUGCGCAGUCCAGGUUACAAGAGCUCCAAGAAAUGCCUGAUUUCUGAAAUGGGCCAAGAGCCUCGCCCCGUCCCCAGAGACUGUAUCUAUCCUGCCCUGGUCGGCUGCUCCACACCUGUAGAAGCUGUGCUGCCUCAGAUAUCCUCCAACAUGUGGUCUCGUGGCUUUGGGCAGCUUGUUCGAGCCAGAAACAUCAAAACGGUUGGUGACCUCAGCGCUCUGACUCCCAGUGAAAUCAAAACUCUGCCAAUCCGCUCCCCAAAGAUCUCCAAUGUGAAGAAGGCACUUAGAACUUAUGAACAACAGCGUAAAGGUCGAGGUGGAGAUGAGUUGAAGAGUUUCGAUGAGAUGGAGAUGAUGACCUCUGAACUGGAGGACACCAGCGCUGCUCAAAACCAGGAUGAGGAGGAUAAGACGUCAGGAGAGACGCUAGCGACAGAGCUGGUGGACGAGCCUGCUCCUGCAGAUGGGAGGUCACAGCAGGACGGCUCCGGGACUCAUGACACACCGGCAGGAGACCACCACCAGUCGGAAGGUCAGCUGCCACCUAACGGGCUGCUGUCGGAGGUGGAGGCCCUGACCUGCAGGAUGACGCCACCGCAACUGAGCCGCUGCUCGCCGCAGCAGCUCGUCCAGAUGCACGAUCAGUUAGGAGACAUGAUGAGGCGCGUGGUGGUCGAGCUGCACACGCGCCUCCGACAGACGGAGGGCAAACCCUGAAGAGAACUUCUGCUUCUACUGGAUCACACAGCUGCUCGGGCGCCAAGAGGCAAAUAAAGACACGGAUCAAUUCAAGAUGAAUCUGUGACGGAGGAUGAAAUACUUUACCCACCCUGGCUUUGUGUACAUGGACGUGUUAAAACCAGAUUUUACAAAGGAGAAUUUUAUGUUUUGUUUUAUUGUUUGUUUUUUUUUUUUAAACUCGGUGUUCCUUUGCCUUUUUUCUCCGUUUAGUUUUUAUCCAUGCGACAAGAAGCAAAAGAGGAAGAAGAAGCAGUUUUUCCUCUCGCUUGAGUUGAUGGGUAGUUUGUAAUUUUUCAGAAACAAAGGGAAGCACAGUCACACUUUUUAAAACUGUGUCAAAAGAAGAUGACGUAUUUUAAUAGGUGUAGCCUGGACAUGGAUGGUUUUUUCUUACUGUCCUCUGUAGACUUUAUAAUAAGAGACUGAUGAAAGACUACGACUGUCUGAUUUUGUACAUAUGAUUUCUCUCGUCACUCCUUUCCCCUCAUGUGCCUGUUUUUAGGCUGUCUGCAGCUCAUCAGUGCUCUUGUACAUUUUUGUAGAGUUUUAGUUUCUAAACAUUUUGUCAUCUCUCUUUAAUGUCUUAUCACAAUUUUAAUGCCAUGAAACAAACAGUAGAUGGAAAUAAAUCGGCUGCACUUAAGUCUUUAUUUGUGGUUUUAAAUACUUAAAUAAAAGGCAAAACUGAAUGAAUUUUAAAGAGCAGUUACAUUUUUAAGCUUUUUGUUCGACUUGCAUCAUUUAACAUGAAACGACAGAUUUCUGAUUUGAUUCUACUAUUUUUUUAUUUUAUUUUAAAGAAGACUUGAUAAUCUUACAGAGCUGUACAAGUCUUAUAGAAACAGGCAAUUGGCUCAACAGUAAAAGAAAACUGAAGAGCUGCUGGAAACCGGCUAAGUGACGCUGAAGGCUCCGUGGCAGAGACAAAUUAAAUGUCAAUGAAAUGUUUAUUUUUCCCUCCCUGCAGUUUUCAAGUCUGUCUUCAAACGGUCUGUAACUUUGGAAGAUCUCCGCUUGAAAUGACUUUUUCUCGGGUUUGUCCUGGAGAAAAAUAAAUAAAGAAUAGCAACAGUU